CCCGAAGCCAUCUUCCACGUGGCCAUGGAGUACCCGAUCGGGGGGAAGCUGUUGGUUCGGGGGCCAUCAACUCAUACAUCAGAGCUUACCACAUCGGCUUUCAUCCACUAAAAUCGAAUCGAUCCAGAAAUAACCAAGACUGAACAACCAAGAGACGGAGAAACGAAGCGUAAUACAAGACAAGAGCCGAUCAGGACCUGGACGAUACAGAACUAGAUCAAGAACGUUCUCCUGGCGAUUAUGGGUGCCUCAUCGACCUUUGCCCAUGCUCCCUUAUCCAGAAUUAUCAUCUUCGGAACCUCUAUCCUUUCCUUGCUUCUCUCCGGACAUAAACAUUAUCUCGAUCUGCCACUCACGCCUCAUCUCACUAGAGAUUUUCAAUUUUGGAGAAUUUUGACUCAUCAUACUGCUUGCUCGAACUCUGCAGAUCUAUUCCUAAUAGUCCUAAUCCUAUGGAAUGUGUCGGUGACCGUUGAGCGACGAUUCGGAACAGUGAAGUAUGCUAGCUAUUUGAUUGUCACGGUUGUCGUUGGGUCUCUACUAGAACUGAUGGGCUUACUGAUAAGCCACAGUAUAAUGGGAUACCGGGCGAUACCAUCGGGGCCGUUCAUGGUGACGUUUGCGAUAGUGUACCAACACCACGCCAUAGUACCGUCACUAUACGACUAUCGAAUCGGGCGAGUGCACUUAGACUCGCACAGCCUUGUUCCAGACAUCCUCAGUCUUCUUCUCGGGCUCUUCAAUCCACUUUCAAGUCUGGUCGGCAUCCUCGUCGGCGCGCUUUAUCGGACCGACCAGCUCGGCCUCGCUCGCUGGCGUCUCCGUAACUCCUUCCUCCUCUCUCGACUCACCUCCCGCUCCUCUGAUCGCCGUCGGAAACCUAGACCUACUCAUGCUUCCCUCGAAGACGACCCCCGCUUCGAAGCUACAAUCGCUCCCUCUCGCUCCUCCCUUUAACCGUACCCUCCCCCUGAUUGAUCAGCGAAAAUAGGCAAAUUUCCCAUCCCUGCAUCGUCCUUUUUGUUCCAUUUCAAUCUGAUUCUCACUUGACAUGCUACUUUGAGACACGAUGUUUUUUGUUCACCGAACAGAAAACUCCCGAUCAAGGUCGAUAGGUCAUCAAAAUACCACUUUUGAGUUCAAAAUUUUCUUGAUUGAGG